GCAUCUCAAUGUAUAUGUAUAUGCACAUAUUGCUUACAUGUAUGAAUGCAUAGCCUCAGAUUCAUUAUCAUUUCUUCACACACAUACACUUACAUAUAGUCCCAUGUGCAUAAAUCCAUUGUCUAUAUAUAGACCACUUUCAAACUAUAUCUGGCAUAAGGAAGAACUUAAAAGACUCAAUUAGUUUUGUCUGUGUUCCCAUUUCCAUGGCUCCUGUUCCAUGCCUUGCUACUCCCACCUUCACCCACCUCGACGACGUUCAAGAGCUGAGAAAAGCUCAGCCAACGAUGGUCCCAGACAGGUAUGUCAGGGACAUGGGGGAGAGGCCAACACUGGCUACAGGUCCAACUUCAAUGCAAAUACCAGUAAUCGACAUGUGGAAGCUAGCCCAUGGCACCCAAGAGCAAUCACAGAGAGAAAUCUCGAAGCUGGCGGCAGCUUGUGAGGAAUGGGGCUUCUUUCAGGUUGUCAACCAUGGGAUAGAAACACAGAUGCUAGAGAGUAUAGAGAAGGUGGCUAUGGAGUUCUUUAUGUUGCCCUUGGAAGAGAAAGACAAGUAUCCUAUGGCGCCAGGGACCAUCCAGGGAUAUGGGCAUGCCUUCAUCUUUUCAGAGGACCAGAAGCUAGAUUGGUGCAACAUGCUGGCUCUAGGAGUAGAGCCUCCCUUCAUAAGAAACCCCAAGCUCUGGCCAACAAAGCCUGCUAAGUUCAGUGAGACUUUGGAGAGGUAUUCAAUGAAGAUAAGGAACCUAUGCCAGGAACUUCUGAGAUACAUUGCCAAGUCCCUUGGCUUGAAACAGGGCACAUUCAACAAGAUGUUCGGGGCGGCUGUGCAGGCAGCGAGGAUGAAUUACUACCCCCCAUGCUCGAGACCCGACCUCGUUUUGGGCCUGAGCCCCCACUCAGAUGGAAGUGCUCUAACAGUGUUGCAGCAGGACAAUGGUUCAGUAGGCCUACAAAUACUAAAGGAUGGAACAUGGGUGCCAGUCCACCCCAUCCCCAAUGCGCUCGUCGUCAAUAUCGGAGACACAAUAGAAGUUCUUACAAAUGGAAAAUACCAGAGCGUGGAGCACAGAGCAGUGACGAACAAGGACAAGAGUCGGCUUUCAGUUGUCACAUUCUAUGCUCCUAGCUAUGAAAUUGAGCUUGGACCACUGCCUGAAUUCAUCGACGAAAACCGCCCAUGCAUGUAUGGAAGGUACAACCAUGGAGAGUACAGCCAGCACUACACGACCAACAAGCUACAAGGGAAGAAAUCACUAGAUUUUGCCAAGAUACCCACCAAAGUCUCAUCUUAGAUCCGACGAAUGCUUGAACUAUGGAAUUCCACUCUUAUAUGUACACAAAUAUCUAAAGUGCUUAGUUCCUCAGUCAUGUGAUUGGAAUAAAGUGCUUCUAACAGUGAUGUUUGUUUGUUGGGGCUACUGUUCAUGGACUCUUCUCCUACUAUUGUCUGGGACUUGUUGUAAGAUACCUAAUCAAUGUAUGUUUCUGGGGUUUACUGAUUAUUGAAGAACUCUUCCCAUGUCA